AUGGCCGUCUCCGACUGUGCUGAUGAAGACAUAAAGCAUGUUGUUACGAAUAACGUUACAGAAGUUGAUCCAUUAAUUCAGUCGACAGGCACGGUUUCAACAGGACAGAAACGACAGCGAGAGGACCGUGGAGGUCCUGUUUCCAAAAAAGCUCAUGUCGAUAAUAACAAUAAUAGUGAAGAAACAGUCCAGGUAAAAAUGUUAAUACCAUCAGCUGCGGUUGGUGCAUUAAUUGGUAAAGGUGGAGAAACAAUGAGGAAUUUAAAAAAUGAAUCGGGUUGUAGGCUUCAAAUGAGCAAAAAUCAAGAAGUUUAUCAUGGAACUAACGAGCGUAUUUGCUUAGUGAAAGGUAAAAUUACAUCAGUUAUGCGUGUCGCCGGUGUCGUUAUGGAAAAGAUUCGAGAGAAAGUUGAUUCAAGCACACCUUCAGAUGUUUACGAUCACAAAGGUGUGGAGAGGUCAAAAGAGGUGACACCUAAAAGUAGAGUUCAGAUGAAACUUCUGGUUCCCAAUACAUCGGCUGGUAUGGUGAUUGGAAAAAGUGGUACUAGAAUUAAGGAAAUUCGUGACCAAACUGGUGCGAACAUACAAGUUUACCCCAAAGCUGGUAGUCAGGAGGCCAAGGUUAGUCAGGAACGCGUUAUAACGAUCGCGGCUGAAAGUAACGAAGUACUUAUGAAUGCAAUUGAGAGAGUUUUGGAAAAAGUAGCCGCCGAUCCUCAGCAUGCAACUACGAUUGAUUUUAAAGAAAAUGAUUCAUUCGGUGCUCUCCAUGGACAUACGGCUCAAGGUCAGACAGUCCAGCCAUUUGAUUUUAACUCGCGCCCAGUCGGCGCCGCUCAGUUCGGUGGUAUUCAACAGUCACAGUUCGGACAAAUGAAUUCGGCUCAAGUCUGGCAGCCCAGUCAGCAGAGAGCCUUAGGUGAGCAGCCGUCUUAUUUUCUUUGUAGUUAG